AUGACUCCAAGUCUGAGAAUCUGGGGCGCAUGCAGGACCCUUGCCGUACGGACGCGGCAGGUCGCGCCGCCCAGAAUCGAGCUCCUCCGGCACCAACAGGCAUCAGGCCGGUGGUACUCGGACGAUGCGAGUUCCCCAGCAUCAACCACUGCGGCACCGGCACCGAGGCCAACGUCAACACCAGGGGCAAGGCCUUUGAAGCCGGUGGACAAGGCGGAAGGCGCUGCCGACGAUCAACCGCCCGAGCAUGCAAGGGCAGCGGACGACGGCGCGUCGAAAGCCUCGUACAUUGACAUGAUGGACGAUGCUGCUCUGGAGCAAAUACUCUACGGCGGCCGGACGGUGACGAGCGAGACGGAAGGCGGUUUGACGGCGCGGCAGGAGGAGACGCUCUAUCGCGAGGGCGUCAUCCCGCCGCCCGAGAGGACGGAGGCGGCCGCCUCCAAGUUGAAGGCUUCGACAAGCUCAGAAGCAGAGGUGCCCGUCGUCGAGAACGAUGUGGAAAACCCCGGUCACAAAUUUGCGCUGCCCAAGAAGCCAUACGCAGAAGGCUUCAACAUGAAGCAGAGGUACCAUCCGGUACUCGAACAAAUCACGAGACUGCUGAUGCGUGACGGCAAGCUCAGUGUCGCUCAAAGGAAUGUUGCCAUGGUCAUGAACUUCCUCCGCACGGCGCCUGCGCCCAUCUACAGUCCCAAGUUUCCGCUGCUGCCGGGAACGCCGCCGGCGUCGCACCUACCUCUGAAUCCCAUCCUGUACAUGACCAUCGCCAUCGACUCGGUCGCGCCGCUGCUCAAGGUCCGCAACAUCGCCGGCGCGGGCGGCGGCGGCCGCGCUCUGGAAAUGCCCGUGCCGCUGCCCGUCCGAGGCAGGAGGAGAAUGGCCUUCCAGUGGAUACUCGACGUCAUCAACAAGAAGCCGUCCAAAGGCAGCGGUCGCAAGCAGUUCCCUCACCGCAUCGCCGAGGAGAUCAUCGCCGUCGUCGAGGGACGGUCGAGCGUGUGGGAGAAGAGGAGGCAGGUGCACAAGCUCGGCACGGCGGCGAGAGCCAACGUGUCGAAAAAGCUCAAGCUCAAGAAGAAGAAGUGA